GCCAGGCGCGCAGUGUCGGGGCCCCGACUGGCAGCGUGGCGAGAUGGCCGCGGAUUCGCGCGCCAAGGCGGCCACUCUGGACCUGAGGCGCCGGCUGCUCAGCUCUUCCUGCAGACUCUUUUUUCCUGAAGAUCCUGUUAAGAUUAUCCGAGGCCAAGGGCAGUACCUGUAUGAUGAGCAAGGGCGAGAGUUCCUGGACUGUAUCAAUAACGUGGCUCAUGUUGGGCACUGCCACCCCGUCGUGGUCCAAGCCGCACAUGAGCAGAACCUGGUGCUCAACACCAACAGCCGAUACCUGCACGACAACAUCGUGGACUAUGCCCAGAGGCUGUCGGAGACCCUGCCGGAGGAGCUCUCUGUGUUUUAUUUCCUGAAUUCUGGGUCAGAAGCUAACGACCUGGCCUUGAGACUGGCUCGCCAGUACACGGGACACCAGGAUGUGGUAGUAUUGGACCAUGCUUACCACGGUCACCUGAGCUCCUUGAUCGACAUCAGUCCCUACAAGUUCCGGGACCUGGAUGGCCAGAAGGAAUGGGUCCAUGUGGCUCCUCUCCCAGACACCUACCGGGGCCCUUAUCGAGAAGACCACCCCAAUCCAGCAGAGGCCUAUGCCAGUGAGGUGAAGCAUGUGAUCAACACUGCACAGGAGAAAGGCAGGAAGAUCGCAGCCUUCUUCGCCGAGUCCCUGCCCAGUGUGGGUGGGCAGAUCAUUCCCCCUGCUGGCUACUUCUCCAAGGUGGCAGAGCAUAUUCAUAGAGCUGGAGGGCUCUUUGUCGCAGACGAGAUCCAGGUUGGGUUUGGCCGAGUAGGCAAGCACUUUUGGGCCUUCCAGCUGGAGGGGAAAAACUUUGCCCCUGACAUUGUCACCAUGGGCAAGUGCAUCGGCAAUGGUCACCCUGUUGCCUGCGUGGCCACUACCCAAGCCGUGUCAAGGGCAUUUGAAGCCACUGGUGUCGAAUACUUCAACACGUUUGGAGGCAACCCAGUGUCCUGUGCUGUGGGGCUGGCAGUCCUGGAUGUCUUGGAAACAGAACAGCUCCAGGCUCAUGCCAGUAAUGUGGGCAGUUUCCUAAUGGAGCACCUCAGCCAGCAGAAAGCCAAGCAUCCUAUUAUUGGGGAUGUCAGGGGCACUGGGCUCUUUAUCGGUGUGGAUCUGAUCAAAGAUGAGACCCUGAGGACACCAGCAACUGAAGAGGCAGAAUACUUGGUCUCCAGGCUGAAGGAGAACUACAUUUUACUGAGCACUGAUGGCCCUGGGAGGAAUGUCCUGAAGUUCAAGCCUCCAAUGUGCUUCAGCCUGGGCAAUGCACAACAUGUAGUAGCAAAACUGGAUGACAUUCUAACCGACAUGGAAGAAAAAGUAAGAAGUUGCAAAACAUUGAGGAUCCAGCCAAACUCGGUCAAGCACCCUCCAGAAGAUAUUCAUCCUACUCAAAUACCCUAACAGGACGGCAAACUGACCUCCAGGCUUUGUUGGAAGCCAUUGCCUGCCACCCUACUCUAAGCAUUGGUCCAUUGAGAUCAGCUUCACAUCUAAACCGGAACAGGACCCAAUCAGACUCACUUUUAUGCCUGAAAACUUUGAAGGGGAUAUAAAUGCUUCUAUUUAAUAGUGUAUGCUUCUAAAGACAGUCCUGACACA